CCAACACCAUCUUCCUCGCUUCGACUUGAUCCUCUUUCCAGCCCGCACCCUGCUUGGUCAACAGCCAACACCUUGAACCAGCAUGGACCGCCUUGGCAACCGCAUCGAGCACAUUCAUCAUCCCAGCGCAGACGCCGGCGACGAUCACGACGAAUUCCAGGACUAUGAUGAAGGCGUCGAGAUCGAAGAGGAGGAGGUUGUCGAAGAGAUUGGCGAACAGGAGCUCCUUGCCCUGCUCGAUCAGCAGCAAGACUCGCUGGAGAUCUGCCGAGGCCUCUUCUUCAGCCAGAAUCCGGACGGUCUGAUCCCGUCAGGACAGACCUUGUCCACACUUUCAGAAGGCGCUGCUCAGGGUCUCUACCGCAAUGGCCUGGUCGUCAUCGACGGAUUCUUUACUGAUGCCCCAACCAUCUCCCAAGCACACCAGCUCGCAGCCGACCUGGUGGCGACUGGUCGCUUCGUUGAGGCCUCGACGAUUCGACAGGACGACGAUCCUUUCCGAGAUCGGAAAGCCCGGGACGACUGGAUCCUCUGGCUUCACGCCAACGAUGAGCUCGCCAGCCAGCCACCCCUGAAACCAUUGGUGCAAAAGUUUGAGGACCUUCGAGCCGAUCUCGGCAAGAUUAUCCGCCUCAGCGGAGAGACCGAGUAUCAAUACGGAUUCUACCGAGGGACCGGUGGCCACUACGACCGUCACCGCGACUCAUUCCCCAACGACGAUCCUUCCGAUACCGAGCAGCGCCGAGUCACCGCCAUCUGCUAUCUGAACCCAGCAAGCUGGGAGCCAGCCCACGGCGGAGAGUUGCGCAUCCACCGCAAAGGCGCCGAGCGAGAGAUCGCUCCCGUUGGCGGCCGCCUUGUUUUGUUCCUCAGCGGCGUUGUUGACCACGAGGUUUGUCCCUCGUUCCAGGACCGAGUCGCCAUCACGGCCUGGUACAAAUAGAGGUGGUCAUUGGCCGAGCAUUGGCAAUGGUCCGGGUUCUUGGGUAAAACCUCGAUCGGUGGCCAGCAGUAGUGAGUACUAUCUUUUUAUGGGACAUGAUCAAUAAUACAGCGUCGCCCAUGGUGCCCUGUA